AUGGAUCUUCGUGAUAUAGCAGCAACAACAGGCUUCGCAACCUAUGGCUUGCGCCAUCCCCGUGAAACUCUCUCGAGUUUCGGUCCGACCUUGAACGAGGCCACCUUCGGUCUGCUAGGGGCGUCCUUCAAGCCAGAUCGCGACAUCCGCAAUCUCGAUGGCAAGGUCGUCCUUGUCACCGGCGGCAACGCCGGUAUAGGCAAAGAGACCAUCCUCCAGCUCGCCAAGCACCGCCCCUCACGAAUCUACAUGGCCGCUCGCACUGAGAGCAAAGCGCGCGAAUCAAUCGAAUCCCUCCAAGGCCAAUUAUCUUCGCCAGCGGAUAUUCGUUACCUACCCCUCGACCUCUCCUCCUUCAAGUCGAUCCGCGCCGCCGCAGACAAGUUCCAGGCUGAUAGCGAUCGCUUGGACAUACUCAUCCUUAAUGCGGGGACGAUGGGGAACCCGCCUACGAAGACGGAGGAAGGAUUCGAGGUUCAGCUCGGCACAAAUCAUAUUGGUCACUUCCUGCUGACCAAGUUGCUGCUACCAACGCUGCAGAAGACCGUUGAUCAAGACCGCGCCAAGGGUGAGACCCCCGAUGUCCGCGUUGUGACUGUGGCUUCGGCAGCUCAUGUGGUCGGACCGUCGACGUUUGAGGAUAUGGUUUCGACGCCUAAAUUGUUGGCUGGCAGUACCUGGACCCGUUAUGGUGCUUCUAAGGCUGCUAAUAUCUUCUUUGCGGCUGAGCUGGCCCGUCGCUAUCCUGAUAUCUUGUCUGUUGCUGUGCAUCCCGGCGCAGUUGAUAGUGGACUUUAUGGACACACCAAGGAUCUUAGCUGGAUGUUGAAGUACAGUAUUACGGCUACUGGCUCUAUGUUCUUCCGGACUGUCACCAGUGGAGCAUUUAAUUCUCUCUGGGCGGUUGGGACGCAGAAAGACAAGCUUGUUAAUGGCGCUUACUACAGCCCGGGCGACGCCAAUUUCCCUUCUUUUCCCAUACAUGAAGAUCUGGACGUGAACCCCAACGGAUCCAUGCCUUUGCGCAACUAUGCAAUGAGAGCAUUGCGCGGGGCUGCUAUUUACACUCUGCGCAUUGGGCGUGUUAUCGAGCCGCAUGAGUACAAUGAUCCAUCUUUUACAGCUAUGUUCAUGAGCUGCAUAUGUGGAAGGUGCAUGGGUGGUCGUAUAUUGAUGCCCGGGACCUUGGGGGGAGGUUUGCAGGCUCAGUCGCCUGGUACGCCUAUUACGCUUGAGAUGGAGGAGUUUGAAGCGCCAAUUUCCAAUGUUGAUAUUGAGAGAAUGCUUGGGUUUGUUGAGAAGCAUCCUUGGCGGAAGUAUUAUAAUAAUUGGGAAGAGAAGAUUGCUGCUCGCAUUAGCGAAGCGAUUUUCCCAUCCCCACACAAAACUCUCGGAGCAUCAUCACUCUUCCACUUCCCAUCUCCCCCUCUCACAUCCACCUUUUAUUAUCGUGGCAAGGGUACUCCCCGCCGCAAGGUCAAGAAGGUUGUCCGCAACUCCGGCGCCGACGACAAGAAGCUCCAGGCCGCUCUCAAGAAGCUGAACGUCCAGCCCAUCCAGGGCAUUGAGGAGGUCAACAUGUUCAAGGAGGAUGGCAACGUCAUCCACUUCGCCAACCCCCGUGUUCACGGCGCUGUCCCCUCCAACACCUUCGCCCUCUACGGCAACGGCGAGGAGAAGGAGCUCACUGAGCUCGUCCCCAACAUCCUCAACCAGCUCGGCCCCGACUCCCUCGCUUCCCUGCGCAAGCUCGCUGAGAGCUACCAGAACAUGCAGAAGCAGCAGGGUGAUAAGAAGGACGACGAGGAGGAUGAUAUCCCCGACCUUGUUGAGGGCGAGAACUUCGAGAACAAGGUUGAAUAAAUAGAACACGCCGAGUCUUUACUUUAAAAACUAUGGUCUAUGAUCACAAUGAAAUGUAUUCACCUUCUUG